GUGCUUGCAAUUCAAGAAUUUCUACAUAUUCACUAGAGAAUUUGAAAAUAUACAUCGAAAUUCAAAUCCAGACCUUCCAUUCUCAACUACCCAGCCAGAAUCUUCUGAGUCCUUAGCAACUUGUCUGCAGUUGAUAUUUUUUUGUGGACUUCUUGCUGAGAUGGUAUAUGGCUCUUUCCUUCCUACUCCUUUCAUCAAGCUGACCAAGAUAAGGAUUCAUGUGGAUGUAUGUAUGUCCAACCAGACAUAUGAUCAUAGCAAUCACCCCUUGCCCUUACCUAGAGUCAUAUUACCGCAAACUAAGCCAGCCUUGCCGGCAAGUUGGGAAUAUUGAUAGUUUGACUUCUCUUAAAUAGGGAGAGAGGAAUGGAUUAAGCAGCUGACUUCGAACCUAAAAAAAUGGAGAAUAGUGGUCAACUUCCAAGUUGCUGGUAAUUAAGAUGAUGAACAUUGGAUUAUCCUUACCAUAACAUUUACUUAUUCCAUCUAUGUAUGCAUAAUAGUAAUAUAAUUAAUGAUCAUAUUAUAUGCAAGUUUUGGUCAUUAUAUCACGCAGCAAUAUGUAACCAAAGUCUAUGAGAGAGAGCAUAUAGGUCAAUAUAUUUAACUUGGAGAGGAUGAUCUCCCCCUCUUGCCCAUUGAAGUUCUAUUCCUUCAUUGACUUUUGGCAGACUAGGAUCAGUACUCCAAUGUAUGCUACUCUGGCCUCCAAAAGGCACAGUUUGUUUUUUAUAUUCAAAUUUGCAAUGUUGUCUUCCCAUCAACCAGCUGAUCAUUUAUGACCUUUCUGAUCUUCUAUUUAAGCGCAGACCUUUUUCUAUCUUCCACAGAUAAAGCCAACUACUUUCUCUUUCUCAGAGUGGAUCGGAAGAGGAGAUGAAGGCACGCUCUUGUCCUCCUAUCUCAGGCCCAUCUCCAUGUAGUCUAGCCAUGAACAAAGAUUCACAUGAAAUAUCAAAAUUCAAGCCAAAGAUUCGCAUAAUUCACGUAUUUGCACCAGAAAUCAUACAGACAGAUGCUGCAAAUUUUCGCGACCUUGUACAGAGGCUCACUGGAAAACCUGCAGCAAAUUUUAGAGGCCGUAAGAAGAAAAGAAGCAUGAGAAGCAAAGACGUACUGAAGACAUUGAUCCACCAUGAAUCGAGCAAGACCAUGGAAUUGCCUGAGGAGUUUCCAUGUUUGAAAAAUGGGGAGAGAGUUAAGCAGGAGCAAGAAAAGAUGUGGAGAGAUGAGAAUUCAAAUGGGUUCUUUGGUGGGUUUGCUGAUUUGGAUGGUUUCAUGCAAGAGUUAAGUCAAUUUCCCCUACUUCCUUUUGAAUCCUCUAGGAUGGAUGUGUUCCAGGAGAUGCCACUUGCUUAGCUGUAGAUUGGGAUGAUAAUAUCAAUAAAGGAUUGGAUUUCUCUUGCUCCUUUUUUAUGAUGUUUUCUACCUUCUUUGAUGUAAAGGAAUGGAAACUAUUGUCAUAGUUACAGUAAAUUUCUUUCUUCCCUGCACUGAGCUAUUGAAUUUUCAUAGGAUUAAUGCUUCUGCA